AUGUAUUCCAGAAACGAUAUACUUCGAAGUACGAAGAGAGCUAGGAAUCAUUUCAGCCAGGAAGAAGAUACAAUGCUUUUAUCGCUAAUUUCUUCUUUUAAAAAAUGCGAAAUAGACUGGGAAGAGAUUAGUAGAAUUAUGAAAAGAACAGUUCGACAAUGCAAAGACAGAUAUAACAAUUAUCUUAUAAACAAAAAUCAGAAUAAAGAUUUCACAAAUGAUGAACUUAUGAAAAUCAUCCAAUUAUAUUCCAUAAUUGGCCCACAUUGGGUGGAAAUAUCUCGAUUUUUCCAAGAAAGAACUGACAUCGAUAUCAAACUUGCAUUCAAGAGGCUUGAAAGGAGGAAAAUUUCAACUGAAACAUCGUUCCAGUUAUACCUAUCCUUGAACAAAUAUAACAAUUGUGCCCUCAAAAAACUUUAUACUAAAAGAUUCGUAUGUAGAAAAACAUCAAAUAAAUUAUCAUUCCAGAAAGAUGAAGCUGCUCAAAAUAUGGAAUAUAUUGAAUUCUCCUCAGAAUAUGAACAAUCUAUUGCUUCAGGAUUCAAUGAAGAGGAUAUUUUCAAUGAAUUUAGUGAAUGCUGA